AUGCGGGCCCAGGCGCGCGCCCGCACCCAGUACCAUUGGGACAAGCGCAGCAAGAAGUACGUCAAGCUGCAGGCGGGGGAGACGAUCAAGGCCGGCAAGCGAGUGAAGACUGAGUCUGGGGCCAAGGGCUCCAAGGGCGCCACCGGCAUCUACCAGAAGUGGGCCAAGAAGACGCGGCUAAGGGUGGCCUCGGGGGGCACCGAGGAGCAGAGCAGCGCGCUGGCGGCCCAGGUGGCGGACAGGUUCAAGCGCGGCGGCCGUGGCUGGGCCAACCCUCUCAAGGCCGAGGUGCCCAACGCCGGCGCCCGGGAGGAGCUGCGCACCCCGGACCAAGUGCGCAAGGCGGCCAAGGAGGAGGCGCGCAAGCAAGAGCACCUGGCAAAGAGUGGCGGCAGUGGCGCCCGCAGCAGCGGGGGCGGCAGCUUCAAGGGCGGCAAGCCUGGCGGCGGCGGCUUCAAGGGCGGCAAGCCUGGUGGUGCUGGCGGCGGCUUCAAGGGCGGCAAGCCUGGCGGCGGCGGCGGCUUCAAGGGCAAGGGCGGCGGCGGCGGGCUGAAGCCUCGCGGCGGCGUCAGCAAGGGCGGCGCCAAGGGCGGCAAGGGCCGGCGGUAG